AGGUACAGAGCUCUCAGCCACCUUGAACUAACAGAGACCUGAAGCCAUUGUAUGUGGUCUCCCAUCCAUAGCAGGGCUGAUAUCAUCAUGCCUCCUUGGGUAGCCUUCCCCAGCCUCAUACUACUUUGGGCAGAUGUUGUUGUUGCUCAGACACGUGUGACUGGAGUGGUGGGACAGUCUGUCACGCUACCGUGUACCUACUCAACAGCUGGUGGAAUCGCACCCAUGUGCUGGGGCCGAGGGCCUUGCUCUUUAUUCAGAUGCUCAAAUACACUCGUAUCGACUGAUGGCUACCGUGUCACCUAUGAGAAGGACAAACGUUAUAGGAUGAAUGGAAUCAUUUCCAGAGAGAAUUUGUCUCUAACCAUACAGAAUGCAGCCCUGUCUGACACUGGCACCUAUUGUUGCCGUAUUGAGUUCAAAGGGUGGUUUAAUGAUUAUAAAGAGAAUAUAUUUUUGGAGAUAAAGCCAGCUCCAACCACUGCUCCAAUACCACCUAAGGUCUUCAGCUCUGCUCCUACCACUCCAGGGACCACGCAGAACCUCAAAACAGCUCCAUCUAAGGUCACCAGUGUUCCAACACCACCUAAGGUCUCUACCUAUGCUCCUAUAAUUCCAGAACCAACAUGGAACCUUAAGACAGCUACACCUAAUGUCACCAUGAUCCCAACAUCACCUACCGGUAUGGUUUCCACCUCUGCUACUGCAACGUCAGCACCCACGCAGAACUUCAAGACAGAAACCACUUCAUCUUCUCCACUGCAGACAACAGAAACCCAGCCUAUCACACCACAGGAAACAAGUACGACCAGCUCAUCAUUGAACUCUUCUUGCCCAAUAGAUGGGAAUAGCACUGUGCCACAACUUUCAGAUGGCAGUUGGCAAUGCAAUAAAACUCACACGGACUUGAAUCAAAAUUCAUGCUUGAGCACCAAUAAGUCACUCUACAUUGGACUCUCCAUUAUGGCCAUGGUAUUGUUGCUCACUAUUUUGGCUGCCAUAGUUUCCACAAAAUAUUUGUGUGGGAAAAUAAAGGUGUUGCAAAGAAGUGAAGAACCUCAGACUGGAACUUCGCAAAAUGAAACUGCAGGGCACUACCAAGCACAUGAAAGUAUCUACUUUAAGAACGAUCUUUACAAUGUGCCUUAAGACCCAGCGGUUCUCCAAGGCUUUAGGACCUUGACUGCAGAAGACAAUGACCAGAACUCACCAUGUCUGUCCUUUUUAGCUCCAGGAUGAUU